AUGACGGCGGAGCUCCGACACCGGAGCGGCUGCCGACGUUAUUUAAGCCGCGGCUCGGCCUGCCGCUACGGUUUAAACAUUUGCUUUAAUGCUUCAGGUGAUUCCAGUACAGCUUUACAGGUGAAAGAGGAGAUUAUUGAAAUGAAGGAUGUAUUUUCAGUAAAAGUGAAACGUCGCCGUUUUGUUGGACAGAAGAAAGGUGGUACUUUGUUGGGUAUCACUGUUUUUAAAUGCUUGCAUAAAGAGGAAAAUAAACUAACAGACUAUGCUAUCCACUUGAAUAACUUCAGUGAGGACCAUUGUCAUUCCUGGUUUAGAUGUCUAAAGGAAAUUUUGAAUGGGUUUCAGAAUAGGCCAAAAUCCUUGAAAGUAUUUGUUAAUCCAAGCAGCCACAAAAGAGAAGCCACUCAUAUUUAUUAUGAACAAGUGUCACCACUUUUUAAACUUGCUGAUAUAAAAACUGAUGUCACAGUAACUGAAUAUGAAGGACACGCUCUGUCAGUACUUAAAGGAUGUGAACUCCAAGCAUUUGAUGGGGUAGUCUGUGUUGGUGGAGAUGGAUUUGUCAGUGAAGUUGUUCAUGGUCUGCUACUUAAAGCCCAGAUAGAUGCUGGAAAGGGCACAGACUUCAUAUCGGCACCUGUCAGAGCACCAGUCCCUCUUGGAGUGAUACCAGCAGGUACUACUAAUAUUUUGGCCUACACUCUCUAUGGCAUCAAACAUGUGGUGACUGCAACGCUGCACAUUGUAAUGGGUCAUAUUCAACCAGUAGAUGCCUGUACUUUCAGUUCUCCAAGCAGGCUUUUGCGUUUUGGGUUCUCGGCUAUGUUUGGUUUUGGUGCAAGGACUCUAGCUUUGGCUGAAAAGAACCGUUGGAUGCCCUCCAGUCAGCGAAAGGAUUUUGCUUUUAUCAAAACACUGGCAGAUCUCAAGACAGAGAAAUGUGAAUUAUCAUUUCUACCUCUACAAAUUCCACAGGAAGACUCUUAUGAGAAUGACAAAAAGAAGAAAGGGAAAAACAAAAAAAAAGGUAACAAGGAUCAAUGGCACAAAAUUCAGGGUGACUUCCUGAACGUGAGCAUUAUGGCAAUCCCUUGUCUGUGUUCAAUGGCACCAAGAGGCUUGGCACCUAAUACGAGGUUAAAUAAUGGAAGCAUGGCUCUGAUUGUUGUACAGAAUACCUCCCGAACUGAGUUUAUAAAACACCUGAAAAGAUAUGCCAGUGUAAAAAAUCAGUUCAGUUUUCCCUUUGUUGAGACAUACACAGUUCAAGAAGUAAAAGUGCAACCGAGAAUCAAAAGUGGGCUUGAUGCCAAAGAAAAUACCACUGCAGCAGAAGAAAAUUACCCUUGGAAUAUAGAUGGGGACUUAGUAGAAGCAUCAGAAGUUCAUGUUCGGGUACAUCCUCAACUUAUUAAUCUCUAUGGAGUGAACACUGAUGAUCUGGAGAGUUCCAAAGCAACAUGCAAUUGCAUCUAGAAGGGAUACACUGAAUGUUCUUUAUAAGUCCCUGUCACACCUGUAUGCUCUUCUUUCUAACAUCCCAUUCUUGCACUUAUUGAACUCAGUUGUAAUAGAAAGGAUGUUUAUUACAUUUCUAGUUUAAAAUUUUUAUCAAGUUAUAUAUUUUUAUUAAGUUAUAUUUGACUUAGGCUUAACAAGAAAAAAUGAAAAAAUGAUUAAAUGAUUUCUUUAAUAAAUUUUGGGUUCUGAAAUGAUCUGUCAGAAUAGAUGGAAAGUCUUUUGUUUUCUUUAAAAUUAUUCAGACUUCUACAGUAUAUUUAAUAUGAAGUAUUUUUGAGUUUGCUGUUGUUACCAUUUUGUCGGGUUACUCAGUUCAAGCAGAACUAGUGAGUGGAGACAAGAUGGUCCUCACACUGAGGAAUAGUCGCAAAGUAUAGAUCAGGUAUUUCCAGUUCUAGGUAUCACUUACAAUGUUGCCUUAAUGUUUGUUUUCAAAUUGGUUUCUAGUCAAGCAGUAAUAGAAAAGAACAUGGUGACUUGUAAUUUCUUUGAUGAAUGGUAUUUUAAAGACUACUCAUUGUACAAAAUAAAAAAAAAUUAAAAUAUUUAAUGUAUUGUAGAGCUGACAAUAUUAAGACUAGUUUUUGCUGUUGCUGAGAAUAAAGUGAUAAAUAACCUUUUCUCAUUGACUCAAAUUUUGGUAACUAUCUUAAAGGACAUAAAUAUUUUUAUAAGUAAGUGUUUAUUUUUUUUAGGUGACUUCUUAAAUAUUUUCUACAAUUAUUUGAGAUGAAUGCAAAUUAAGAGCAGAUUCUCAAAGGAAGAGCCAGUUUCCAGAAAGAUGAUGCAAAGUAGCAACCUGGUGGGUUUGUCUGCAGUGCCAUAGGCCUAAGCAUGUGGUUCUGUUCACUUGUCUAUGAAUUGUUAUAAAAAAGGCGGAUGCACAAUGGUGUGAAAGCAACGUUGUUUCAUGGCUGGCACAGGUUUGCUCCAAGUCUUUGUUCUGUAAGUAGUUCAGUAUACUGUGAAAUCCAGUCGUUUAAGAUUUCAUUAAAUCCCUUUACGUUGGAUCUGUGUCUUCAAGACUUACAUGAGCUGUAUAUUUUACUCCAUUCUAAAUCUCAUGAAAAAUUCUUACUGGUGGUAAAUGAGGUACACAAGUAUUGCAGAUGGCUACUUGUGUUCUCAGAACAAGCUGUUACUUGUUGGAAACCUCAUGCAGUUUCUGUGGACAAAUGUGGCCAGUAGUAAAAGCCAAAUUCAUAGACGUAUACAUGCCUCUUUCAGAGGCAUUCAUUAUAGGAUCACUGCAGCUACAGUUCUACUUGGCACUGGGGCAAUGAUGGCAGAGCAGGGUCAUAGCAUCCUUCAGACUGAAUGGGGCACUGACAGGGCACUUGCCCAAUCUCCUGGUCUAAGUGGUCCAGCUACAAGGUCAACCCUGGUUUCUCAGGACUUUAUUCAAACUGAUCUCAAGCCAUCUGAGGAAGGAGAUGACACCACCUCUCUGAGCUACACUCUGGGGCUAUCUUCAUGGGGAAAAAGAUUUUCCUGAUGUUCAGUGGGAUCCUCUCAUUUCAGCUGAUGGCUGUUCUGACUCACAGUGAGUAGUCUAUUACGUUGCUGUACUUGAUACUGUAUUGC